AUGGGGUCGAGUCCUGGCGUUCCCGCCAUGGCGGGAAUAGGCAGCUGUAAACGGACGAGCAAGCGAGCGAGUCCGGCGUGCGUACGGACAACACACAAAAGACUACUCACUACUACACUAUUACUAAUACUACUACUGUUACUAUUAGUACUACCACAACCCUACCAUUAUCACUACCACCACCAAACGGAGAGAAUUCACAGUGGCGGAAAUACGUCGCACUCAGCACGAGAUAGUCCGCCAAGCAAGCCAAAGGUAGACUCCUUAGAUAGUUCGUUGGACCAAUUUGGUCAACUCGGCUGUCCGGUGCGCGAGCAUCGCCAUCACCAGCGAAACCACCACCACCUACCACCUAUCGCAUCACCGCCGCUCCCACUGCCAGUGGCAUCGUACCAACCACCACUACCGCCGCCACCACCACCACCACCACUGUCGCCGCCGCCGCCGCCGCCGUCGCCGCCGCCGUCGACGCCUCCUGCGCUAGCCGGCGACGGUUCACGAUCGUACAAAUCAACCGCCUUCUAACAAGCCACAUUAACCUCAAGUGAUUUCUAUUUUCUUACGAAACGCGAAAGAAAUAUGUAAUUAGUAUGUUUAUAUCGAUUUAAAGAAGGAACACACAAAAAAAAAGAAAAUAUCCAAGAGCUUAGGUUCAGAAGACAAAAGAUUAAGAGCUAUAUUAGCUAUAAGUGUACAAAGUAUAUCUAAUUAAAGGAAGAAGACAAAAUACAGAUUAAAACAAAUAAAUAAACAAGUCCGCCAGUGCCAAAUUGAGAAAGAAAACAAAGUGAAAGUGAUCGUUGUAACAGGAAGAGGGAGAGAGAGAGAGAGAGAGAGAGAGAGAGAGAGAGAGAAUAGAA